UCUCUUUUCUUCUGCAAAAAACCUUGAAUAUACUGAGUUAUUAUGAAGCUUAAAUUUGUAAUAUAUCUCUUUGUUAUUUAGCUCCAUAUUUAUCUAGAAGUUAGUUUAGUUAGUGGCAAGAAUAGAAGAUUGAGAUCUCUCUCUAGCUCUCUGCACAUAGCAGAAUCUUAAAGCUUCUUCUCUGUUCUUUCUAUUCUCUCCUCACACAUCAACUCUGUUUUAAUUUAGUAUUUAUGUAUUUGGUAUUUAGUGAUUUUGGGUCUUGCAUGUCAAUGUUUAAUAACAGAGAUUGUUAGCUGUAAUAGAUGAGCUUGAAGCAUUGUGACCUGAAUUUAAACUCCUUGGGAACAAAUUGAACAAUUGGAGGAAUCCUGCUACAUUUCUUCAUGCCUAUACUUGUUUUCCUCUAGCAUAUGCAACAAGGCAAGCUGCAGGUGCUAUCUUACAAGACAUUGCCAAUUCAGGUGUUUUAUUUGCAAUUCUGAUGUGCAGGCACAAGGUAAUCAGUCUUGUUAGUGCUCAGAAAGCUUCCCUUCAUCCAGAUGAUAUGCUGCUAUUGGCCAACUUUGUUAUGUCAUCAGAAUCCUUUAGGACAUCAGAGUUGUUUUCUCCAGUUUGCCUUCCAAGAUAUAAUCCUUCAGCAUUUUUGUAUGCUUAUAUCCAUUAUUUUGAUGCUGACACAUACUUGAUGCUGCUAACCACUAGUUCAGAUGCAUUUUAUCAUCUUAAAGAUUGCAGGAUCUUGUCCAGUAAGAAAGGAUUCAAGAUGCAGGUUUGGGAUGUAGAAAAGAAGCUGGAAGAUCAGUUGCAGGAGUCUAAAAUAAUAUGAGGUCGUCAUUUGCCAAUAAAUGAUCAAUCAGCAUUUAUACAGUAAAAUAGUAAACUUUUGUGCUAACGAACAUUUAAUAUCUUUGUUCAUGACUUCAUAUUGAGGUUUAAGAGCUCGAGAGAAAACUGAAAGAGCAGGAGCAGAACUCAGAACUUGCUUCAACAAAAGGUCACUUAUUAGUCGAUUAGAAGAAGAUAAAUCCUGGGAAGUUGCAUGAAGAAAAUCUAGCUUUCUGGAUCAAUGUACACAAUGCUUUGAUUAUGCAUGUAAUACUAAUAAUUAUCCUCAAAAAGAUAAAAUUCUUGUUUUCUUGUAAUACUCUUCACACAUUUGUCCUUUUUGAUUUGCUAGUUUAUAAUGUGCUCAUUAGGGUCAUUGGCCAUAAAGCCAUUAACGUACAUUUGGAUUUUGGAUCAUAAAUUUAAUGUAUUUGUAAAUUUUGUCUCUUUUAA